AUCAUUUCACUGCAAAACUAUCGGUGCGAAUGAAGACGGGGCCCGACUUUGUCGCCACAAACUUCACGUUUUAUGACUGCAGUUCCUACCAGAGCUGCACGGCGUGUGUAUCGAGUCCCUUCCCGUGCGACUGGUGUGUGGGCGGACAUCGAUGUACUCACGACACCGGCGAGAACUGUCGCAACGAUAUCUUAGUGACCGGUAUCUCGUCGGUGGGCCCCAGCAUAAGGUCGGGUCCGGGCUUUUGUCCGCGCAUUAACGCCACGGCCGGCGGAACCACUGAAGUACUGGUGCCGAGC